CAUUGUUCAAUGUUGUCUUUUUACUUGUCUCUCGAUUACUAAGUUCCCUCCUUCCACCAUUCAGCCUCAAUAAUUUGGAGGACAUGCCACCAUGAAUCCCCCCGACUCUGGUGCCGCUGCAACAUCAGCGAUGACCGGUGCCAUCCGCACCGAGUCCCGAAAGAAGUCCUCCGGCGCAAUUGCGAAACGUGCGUGCGACCAAUGCAAGUUCCGCAAGAUCAAGUGUAGUCUAUCCCAACCAUGCCGGGCAUGUGUUUCCAUGGGCUUUGAAUGCACCUUUUUUCAACCGCAGAAGAAACGUGGUCCCACUGGACACCGUGUGUCUCAGAUCCGGCAACAGCAGACCAACUUACCGGGGUUGAAUAGCUCACAGAGCCAAGUAGCUUCCAACCCCCUCUCAGGUGCUUUCGCUUAUCAAACGGAGUCACCAUCCCGGGGAGAUGGGAGCUCCAAUGCCGUCCAGCCAAUUCAGGAUGCCGCACACUGGCCCAUGCAUAGUGAGGCCUCCUCGGUACCCGUGGAGCUUUCUCAUCCUCAACCACCCGCCCCAAUUGCCCCUAAUUGGAGUUCCGGGGCCCCUCAAAUCGAAACUCAUAGUAAUAGCGGCGUCAAUUGGAAUGAGCGCACUGAUGUCGAAUACUGGCUUCCAGAUACACUGGAUGCUCAGGUACCCGUGUUCGAUUUUCCGGGCAGUAACAUCUACCUGAAAGCCUCGCUUCCAUCUAUCAUACAAACAGAGGCUGCUUCUGCAGGUCUACAGUCACACCCAGUAGAGGCAGCAAGUGUACCCAUGUCCGGGCCCAGUGUCCUCCAUCCACCCCCAAAUGAAACAAACACGCUCUGGCCCUCAUCCAUUGUGGAAGCAAACAUGAUACCCUGGAUUGACGUCUACUUUGAUCGUUUGCAUCCAACAUUACCGGUGCUAAACCGUUCAUCACUAUUCAUCCGAAUGUUGUCCCAGGAGCAUCGCAGAAACCCGCAAUUUGGUGCCAUGCUUCUCGCAUUGUGCGCAUUUUCCCUUACCCAACCAAUUGAAAUCGCCGAGCGACCUACGUCUUCUUCUCGAGCCAACCAAGCUCGGUCUAUGAUGAACGAAGCGACCAAAAUGCGAAGCUGCUCUGAUUUUGGGGAACACCCAACAGUAGAAGCGGUCCUUACCAGUUUCUUCCUGUUCGGGUGCCUGUUUGGCAGCAACCAGCAUAACGCCGCAUGGCUCCGCCUAAGGGAGGCUCUCGACCUUGCUGCUACAAUGGGGUUGAACAACCCGGAUUCGUAUCGAGAUUUACCCAGCGACGAGAAGGGACAACGCUUACGGACGUAUCUAGUUCUGUCAAUUACGGAGAGAGCUUAUGCAUUACAGCGAAGGCAUCCCAUCACUUUCUGGGGUCGACCAGGCUUCAGCAUGCGACCUGUUCAUGACUUCAUUCAUACUGCCACCCAUAGUGUUGUGUCUGGCAUCAUCGUCCAUAACGAAAAAGAUGCCGAGGGGAUGAUGGGCCUCGCUCGUCUGAUGGAAUUGUUUGAUGCUAUUGACGAGGAUGUUGUCGAUUGCUGGAACCAAAGAUGCAACAUCAGCGCUGGAUACUGCGAGAAGCUUACGGAAGCCAAGGCCUUAACGAUCCAUCAGAAUCUUAGCCGAGUUAGCGAGUCGGAACGAUAUAAAGGCUACGACUGGUUUGAGCGCUCGAAGUCAUCCCUGGGCGAUAACCAGGGAAACCGGCCGGCAAUAGGUCUACGAGAAACUCAAUGUGCAGACGUCUUUAUCACGAAAAAAUGGCUUCAGAAUCGUAUUUGGGUGCUUUGUUCCACUCAUGGGCUACUGCGGGCUGCAUCUGAACACCAUGAACUCGGGCUCCACUACGCCGUAUCUGUUGCAAAAGAGACGCUUGACAUCUGUCGAUCCUUGCGGCUGAGCUCCAUGGAGGCUCACGGAAUUGGGCUUGCUGAGAAGUUGUACGACAUUGCAGUCGGCGCCAUUAGCGUCUUGUUCAAUGUCCAGAUGCCUCUUGCGAAGGGCACCACAUUGGCAUCACCAGCGAGAACCAUGCCCAGCCCUCAAAUACCAAUGGCUGGUAGUCAAUUGGUUUCCAAAACUCUAACGGAAGAUUUCCUCUUACUGUUGAACAGUCUGCGAGGUGGAAACCAUCCUUUCAUGGAAAGGUAUCGAACAUUACUGAGCUCAUUGGACGGUACCGGUCAUGCUUGGGGCUCACAAUAAUAAGAGCUUGCAUACUGCCGGCAUCCAUGCCUUCCCUAGCUUAUCCUGAAAUUUCUUUUCUUCUUCCGUGUCCUUACUAUAUAUUUGGCGUUCUAGGUUUUAUCACAAUGUGGUUCAGGAAACUGUUACCCUAUCUUUUUGGUUUGGUCUAAGCGCACUCUUUGGUACAAUAGAAACACCACGCCCUG